UGGUAGACCAUAUGUAGGGCAACUGACAGGAAAAAGACUUCAGUUUAGAGAAGGGAGAAAACAAACAGAAACGCUAUCCUUCUAAAAAAUCCGCCACAAACAUGGCACUUAAUCGAAACCAUUCUCAAAAUGGUGGAGUUCUUAUCAACAACGGCGAGACCAUCUUGAGAGAAGGUAAGAAUGUGGAGCUGUCCUUCAGUGACGUCACCUGCAAGACGGACCUGCUCAAAGGCACCAAGAAAGGCACCGUGUACCUAACCCCAUACAGGAUGAUAUUUGUGUCCAGCAAUCCUAAAGAUGUCUUGGGAUCUAUGAUGUUCCCUUACUACCUGAUGAAGGGAUGCAGCAUCGAGCAGCCCGUGUUCGCGGCAAAUUACAUCCGCGGGACAAUCUCGGCUGAGGCCGGAGGUGGCUGGGAGGGUAAGGCGACCUUUAAAAUGUCUUUCAACAGCGGCGGUGCCAUAGAACUGGGUCAGCACCUCUUCAAACUGGCCACUAACGCGUCCCGCGCUCCACCAGCUCAGAACGGCGGCGCCUCCUUCGGCUACCCGUCUCCAGGGGCGAUAAACGGCUAUGGCCCCGCCCCCAUGCCACAGGCUUACCCCUACGCCCCCCCACCGCAGCAAAACGGCUUCUACCCGGGACCCACUGCACCCCCCACCAUGGGAUACCCCUACCCCACCGCUGCCGCACCAGGGAUGUAUCCAAGUGCCCCGGCUUACAUGGCCCCACCCCCACCUUACCCUGGACCGCCCCAGAACUGGACCCCUCCCCCACCAGGCAAUGCUAAGGCCGCAGAGGCAGCAGGCAGUGCCUAUUACAACCCCAGCAAUCCUCACAAUGUCUACAUGCCCAUGGACCAACCUCCUCCUUAUGCACCUUACCCCCCUCAGAACUACCCAGACCAGAAAAAGAACAACUGAAACCUGACAGCUCAGUCAACAAAAACCCAUUCAUCUCCCACCAAAUACAGACACGAGCCCCGUCUUUUAUUAUUAUUA